CUACAUCAAGUAAACAUCAAAAUAGGUCGACGGAUGUCGUGUCGUCGUCACUACUAAAAGUUGUGAAUAUUUUUUAAGAAUUACGAUCUUAGUUUAAUUUAUUACUGAGUGAAGUUAGAAUAUAAUCAAUUAUUUAAAGAAAAAAACUUGAUACAUUUGUGCAAUGUCGACUUUCUCGGGUUUCAGUGAAGAAGAAUUGAAAAGAAUAAAAUCCGGUGAAACUGGCUCGAACAGCGAUCCACAAAUCAACACAUCUAAUGUUAGAAAACUGGACAGAAUCGGUGCCAGGCAAAAGAGGCCCAUGAAUCAAUACAAACUAUCAAAACCCAUACUAAAAACACAGUAUUCCGAUGAUGCGAUAGACAAUAUACAGUUUGAUAAAUGUAAACUCAGCUUGAGAUCGCCGACAACACCAAGCAAUGAAACAACAGAGACAUUAAGUAAAAAUAUAAAAGAAAAUGUUAUUAAAGAUAAUAAAAUGAAAGAAAAUGUUGACAAUAAUGAUAACAUUAAAACGGAGACUAAUAAAGAAACAAGCGUAGAAUCUAAUGAUAAUAACAAAAUGGCAACUGAAAAUGCAGAAGUAGUAAGUGAUAGAAAGACCAGUAUCGAUGCACCACCGGAUAUUGUGCGAGGGGUUGAGAAUUAUUCUGAAGAUGAACUGGAGAACCAUAAGGUUAAAUUAUAUGAACUGCAGCUGAGACAGAAAUUGAUGGAAGAACAGAAUAAGAAGAGGAAAGAGAUGCUUGCUAAGGCUCUAGCUGACAGGACGAAACAAACAACAGAAGAGGUGAUGAGACUUGAGAAAAUUAAGAAGGAGCUACAAGUACUGGACAGUCAGUUCUCACAGGAUGUUUCGGUACUGAGACAGAAGAUCGACCAGGCUUGUUUGAGCUAUGCUGAUGCAGAAAAACACUACUUAAAAGUGGAGAAAGAGUUCCUGCAAGCGAAAAUACAUUUACAAAAAGAGAAAGAGAAGAAAGAGUUACUAACGGAACACUUAUGUGCUCUAAUCACACACAACGAGACGAGAAAAGCCCAGAAACUAGAAACUUUAAUGUUAGAAUUAGCUACGGAUAAAGAUAAAUUAGAAAUAUUGGAUAAGUCAGAUGUGAAUGAAGUUAAAACGGUUAGUGAGCCCGUCAUAGUGGACGGUGUUGACGAACGGACUGGUAAGAUUGUUGAGCUUACACCUAGUAGUUAGUUUUAUUGUAACUUUCGUGAGACAUACUAAAUUAAUUAUUAUGUUAUCGGCUUGCUCACGUAAAUGUUUGACGAGGAACUCGACUAGUUUCAAGCCAUGCUAGAGGCUCAUAUUCAUGAGCAGCAUUCCGCGACACACGAAACUAGUCGAGUUCCUCGUCUAAACAUUUACGUGAGUAAGCCGAUAACAUAAUAAUUAAUUUAGUAGUUAGUUUUUUAAAAAUCCUUUGAUUUUAUUAGUGAUUUGGGAUGGUAAACAAGAGGCUUGGAUGGAUACAAAGCCAUGGUUAAACAAUGUUUUGUAAUAUUAAAUUAUCCAAAACGUGGUAUGUUUAAAAUAAUAGGGAUGAUGACGGGGUUUAAAACUUAAAAAACUAUUCAGUCUGACGGACUGAAUAGUUUUUUAAGUAAUCAAAAAAUAUUAGACACGUAUUUUUUUGUCAUAAAGAUUAAGAACAAUACUUAGAUGAAACGAAAUACAGUUUGAGAGUGGGAGCAAAUACGUUAUUUCUACGUAUUAAAUAUAUAACCUAGAAGUGACGUCACGCAAUAUUUCAAAUCGAUAUAUCUAAGAAAGCAAUUGUUUCUGUAAGAAAAUCAAAAAUACGUGUCUAAUGUUUUAAAAUAAUCUACAAGACGGACAUUAUUGCUUGAUUAUGGAGGCUAACUUUGAUCCUUUUGUAAAAAUAAAAUUGAAAUUAAUAUUAGGAUCGACACGGCAUCUUGUUUACCUUUCACAAAAAUACAUUGCAAUUAGUAAUAUCAUUAGAACUUCAAACGGGACUGUCGUGAGUUUCCGAUAUUUCGGCACUGUUGCAAGCGCCAUGAUCACGGAUGAAAUGAUCACGGAAACUCACAAAAACUAAUAAACAUAGUAAAUACCCCGUUUUAAGUUCUAAUGAUAUUACGAGUGACCAUGUUUAAAAACUUAUAUUGUAUUUAAUACUGGUGCAUUUUAAAUAUUAGGAUUUCCUCAUAGACUGUAUUGCUGUCUUUAUUACUAUUAUUGUAUAAUAUAUGUCAAUUUUGUCAUAAUAAUACUUAUCUAAGUUAGGACUAAAAUAUGAUAAAGCUAUUAUUUUACCUAGUUGCAGCUUAAUGGCAACGAAUUUCUUUGUUAAGGUAACUUAAGUAAUUUUUUAUUAUAAUAAUACUAUGUGCCUUGUGUUAUUAUGUACCUUAUUUAUGUAUAUGAACUGUAUUUUAUGAAAUGACUACCUAUUUAUCUACAUUCGUUUUUUUAAUAUUACUUACAUAUCUGCCUCGUUGAUCGAGUGGUCCAACAGCGACUGCCGGACAUGGGGUCUCGGAUUCGAUUCCCGGGUCCAGCAAUGUAUUACUGGGUUUUUCGGUUUUUCGAAAAAUUCUCAGUUGUAACACGGAGACUGCAAUUGUGCCCAGUAUGUGGCAAUAGGCUCACCCCCUAUUACAUGGGACUUAUAACACAAAUUGUGAAAUGUGGGUGUACAUUGUAUAGAAUGUUCCGAUGUGUUAAUACUAUUGUGAAAAGCUCAAUAAGUUCCUAAAAUACAGUUCAUACGUAAUUUAGCAAUAAUUUAAUAAUAAGUUAUCAAAUUAUUAUAUUUUCAUAGUCGUGUAGAACAUGACAAUAAUAAUUAAAAUUAAAAAAAUCUAUUUUAAUGAGAUUGGAUACGAGUAUUUUCAGCCAGUUUACUAAAGCCAAAAAAAAGUUACUAUUUUAAUAUUUUUUAUAUCUGAUGUAGAUAGCAGACAUAUAUUUUUGUAUAUUGUUACUAACUACAGAUAGUUUAUUAAUAUUGUAAGUAUACAUAUUAAAAAAGAUGAUAUUAAAACAUGA